GCAGCGAAAGUCUUCGACAUCAAUGAACAGAUCGCCAAAGCGCGCACUGCUGCGCCUCGCGUGAAGGAACAAGAACCGAAUGAGGAUGACGAGGAUGUGAUUGGUCCGCUGCCACCAACAGCAGACACGGAGGGCCAACCACAGCAGGACAAGCCAGAGGCCAACUCGAAAAAAGAUGCUAAUGAUAAGAAAAAACAGGCAGACGAUGAGGAUGAUAACGACGAUGACGAUGGCGAUUCCGAUGAAGACGAUGAUGACAGCCUAAUACGUCGCAUACCCUACACACAUGAGGUGCAAAUGCAGCACGGAUCACGAGCCGUCUUGGCACUUGCUGGAGAUCCAUCCGGCGCUCGACUUGUGUCGGGCUCCAUUGACUAUGAUAUGUGUUUCUGGGACUUUGUUGGCAUGGAUUCCUCCAUGCGAAGCUUCCGUCAACUGCAGCCCUGUGAGAAUCAUCCCAUACGAGGCCUUCAAUACUCCGUCACCGGCGACAUGAUCCUCGUUAUAUCGGGCAAUGCACAGGCCAAAAUCCUCGACCGAGACGGCUUCGAGAAACUGGAAUGCUGCAAGGGAGAUCAAUAUAUAAGCGACAUGACUCGUACAAAGGGCCACGUGGCUCAGCUAACCUCUGGCUGCUGGCAUCCAUUCAACAGGGAACAGUUUCUGACCGCAGCUCUGGACGGUACUCUGCGCAUCUGGCAGGGAUUACGCGCCAAGGAGCAGAUGCAGGUGAUUAAGACGCGAGCUCAGGGCGGUCUAAGAACCAAUGCAUCCGCCUGUAAUUUCAAUCGGGAUGCAACUCUCAUCGCCGCUGGCUGCGUGGAUGGCUCCAUACAGACCUGGGACACGCGAAAGAUGUUCGUAAAUACGACGCACUGCGUCCGAACAGCACAUCAGAAGGGCUCCGAGAUUACGUCCAUUGUGUUCUCAUACAUGGGCCAGCAGCUGGCGACGCGCAGCAAUGACGAGACGAUGAAGCUCUGGGACCUGAGGAACUUCAAGCAGCCGAUGCACACUUGGUCGAAUCUUUUCUCACGCUACGACACGACCGACUGCUGCUUCAGUCCGGAUGAUCGCUUGCUGGUCACAGGCGAGUCGCUGCCCAAGGAGCAAAAGGAGGCGAAUCUUUACUUCUAUAGCACCCAGAGCUUUGAGGAGGUGCAACGCAUACCCGUGACCAGUUCGCAUGUCAUCAAAACGCUGUGGCAUCCCAAGCUGAAUCAGCUCUUCGUCAGCUGCGGCAAUGGCAUCAUCAAGUGCCUCUACGACGAACAGCGCAGCAUACGCGGCGCCAAGCUGUGCGUGGUGAAGACGCAUCGCAAGAGGCAACAAAUGGAAAUGGUGGGCGUGUCGCAGAUUAUAACACCGCAUGCCCUGCCGCUGUUCCGCCAAGAGAAGACACGCUCCUCGCGCAAAAAGAUGGAAAAGGCGCGCAUGGAUCCGGUCAAAUCGAAGCGGCCCGACUUACCCAUUACCAGCGGCCAAGGCGGCCGCGUCGCCAGCUCGGGCGGCACACUCUCCUCCUAUGUCAUACGCAAUCUGGGCCUGAGCAAGCGCGUCGACGACGACCAGGAUCCUCGCGAGGCCAUCCUCAAGUAUGCCAAGGAUGCGGCCGAGAAUCCCUAUUGGAUUGCGCCCGCCUACAAGCAAACCCAGCCCCAGGCCAUAUUCUCCGAGAAGCUGCCGGCCGCAGAGGCAGCGCCAGCGGCCAAAAAGCCCAAAACGGAUGCCGACCAAACCUAGCCGAUGCUGGAGAUUGUCUAAUCAAUUGAUAUACUUGAUAAAUAAUAUAAUUAAUAAACGAACGUAUUAAGCCCCAUCCACCAUGUGC